AUGGUGAAGCUCACUGCUCCUGACAUCAAGAAGGAGAAGGCAGACCUGGACAUCGUGUUCGUGCUGGACGUCAGCGGGAGCAUGAAGGGGGCCAAGAUCGCGAGCAUGAAGGCGGCCAUGAAGGAACUCAUUAAGAAUCUGGGGGAGAAAGACCGCAUCGCCAUCGUCUCCUUCCACGGCACAGUGAAAAAGCACCACGACAACCUGACGUACCUGGCUUCCGAUGAUGACAAGAAGAUGGCGAACAAGAUAGUGGAUGACCUGCAACCUGGAGGCGGUACUCAUAUCCAGAAAGGCCUCGAAGCCGGCCUCGAUCUCCUCGAAGAACGACGUCAGAAGAAGAAGGUUGCUUCGUGCAUCUUCCUCAUGACCGAUGGGGAUGAAAACAACGGGAGCAAGGCCAUGAACCUCAUUGACCGGGUCGGCAAGCACACCAUCCACACGUUUGGUUUUGGUCAAAAGAGUAACGAGAGGCUUCUCUUCGACAUCGCAAGCCGGAGCCACGUAGGCGUCUACCAUCACGUUCCGAAUACCGGCGUCAAGGACGAUCUGCAGCGUGCUUUCGGCAGCACUCUGGCCAUAUUCCGCACCAUCUGUCUCUUGGAUCUGAAAGUGACGUUGAAAGCCAGCAAGGCGGGAGGGUGCAAGAUACUGAAGGUGCAUCCCUGUGACUACAAGAAAGAUCCAGAUGGUUCUGACGGAACCUGGACGAUCCACUUUGGUGAUCUCGCCCGUCAGGAGAACCGUAGGAUCCUCGUCGACGUAAGCCUGCCUAAGGCGUCAAAGACAGAGGAAACCCACGUCCUGGAUGUCACUUGCACGUACAGUCCCCCAAAUUCUGUCUCCAAAAAUGGCAAUCCCCUUGCGGUCAAGAUCAAGCGCAACCAAACCGCGGACGAGAAUGCCCCCGAAGAGAAACAGGUAAAGCGCGAAUUGGUCCGUCGGACACAGGCUGACAUCUUGAAACAAGUCAGGGCCCUGGCGAACGGCGGCAAGUUGCAGGAGGCCAGGAAGCAGGUGCUGGUAGCUCGUAACGUCCUCUCCAGCAUCGGGAACGACAGUGAUGACGCGAUUGAUUCUCUCUACAGCGAGCUGGAUAAUCUGGACAAGUUCUUGGCGUCUCCUGAUGCCUACAAGAAUCUCGGCCACGCCUACCUGUUGGCGUGCAUCUCUUCGCAUGAUCGCCAGCGCUAUGCGGCGCGAGGUGGCGAGGAACCAGUCGACUUCUUCCUCACGGACCGCAUGAGAAAGUACCUGGGCAAGCCUAAGUAA